AUGGAGACUGUGGCACCCAAGCACCAAGAGCAACAACAGCGCUGCAGAAAACAUCCGCGUCAAGGUGGUGGUGGCAAUGAAAUCGGUGCUAAGAAGAUUUGGCUGCCGCUUAUCAUUUUCCUUUCACUGCAGGCUGCCCUGGUCUUGGCGGACGAUGUUGAGGUGGUGAAGGCCAUUGCCGGCGGACCCGACGAUGAUCUGGCCCUGGCCCUCUCCGAGCACGAGAAUGAGCUGGAUCAAAUGGCGCAGGAAUCGGAGCAGGAGCAGCAGCAGCAGCAGCAGCAGCAAAUGCAACAGCAAAUGCAGCAGCAACAGCAGCAGCAGCAGCAACCUUCGCAGUCCGUGCUGGUGCCCAAGGUGCAGGUUCAUUAUCAGCACAACAUGCCGCCCGCUCCGCCCCAAUUGGGCCUCACAUUGCGCAGCAACCAUCAAAAUAUUCCGCUAAGUUUUGGCCAACCCUUCGGACCACCGCCGCCGCCUGGCGCACAGUUCUACAAGGGACCACCGCCACCGCCCCAGCGACAGCAGCAACAGCAGCAGCAGCAGCAGCAGCAGCAACAGCAGCAGCAGAUGCCACAGCAGCUGCAGGUGCAGCAGGUGCAGGUGCAGGUGCCCGACCUGAGUGUGGGCGCCUCGAGCAACAAUGAGAUUUGGGCAUCGCCCGUGCAGGACAUGCCCAAGAUCAUCUCUCUGGAUGUGAAGUGCGAGAAGAACGGCAUGAAGGUGUUCGUGCAGUUCGACAAGCCCUUCAACGGCAUCGUCUUCUCCAAGGGCCACUACAGCAACAUGAACUGCGUGCACCUGCCCUCGGGCCUGGGCCGCACCUCGGCCAGCUUCGACAUCGGACUCCACGAGUGCGGCACCGCGGGCAACACGGACAACUACAGCCAGGGCUAUGGGCACGACCAGAGUGUGUCGGGCGCCGGCACCGGAGCGGGCACCUACUUUGAGAACAUCAUUGUCAUCCAGUACGAUCCGCAGGUGCAGGAGGUGUGGGAUCAGGCGCGCAAGCUGCGCUGCACGUGGCACGACCAGUACGAGAAGAGCGUCACCUUCCGGCCCUUCCCCGUGGACAUGCUGGAUGUGGUGCGGGCGGACUUCGCCGGCGACAAUGUCGGCUGCUGGAUGCAGAUCCAAGUGGGCAAGGGACCGUGGGCCUCCGAGGUCUCCGGCCUCGUGAAGAUCGGACAGACCAUGACCAUGGUGCUGGCCAUCAAGGACGAUGACUCCAAGUUCGACAUGCUCGUGCGGAACUGUGUGGCCCACGAUGGCAAGCGAGCGCCCAUCCAGCUGGUGGACCAACGGGGCUGCGUGACCCGACCCAAGCUCAUGUCGCGCUUCACCAAGAUCAAGAACUUUGGGGCCUCCGCCUCGGUGCUGUCGUACGCCCACUUCCAGGCCUUCAAGUUCCCCGACUCCAUGGAGGUUCACUUCCAGUGCACCAUCCAGAUCUGCCGCUACCACUGCCCCGAGCAGUGCUCCUCGGAGACGAACCUCCAGGAUGUGCACCACCUGCAGGUGGGGCCCGAGUCCCAGUACGGCCCACCGCCGCCGCAGCUCCAUGUGGAUGCCUACCACGUGGCGAGUGCCAUUGGCAAGCGACGCGACGAGCGCCGAGUGCAGCGUCGUGCCCGUGCCGUGGCCGAGCCCCAGGUGGGCCUCAAUCGCAUCAUCAAGGUGGUCUCCUCCGGCGAUCUGACCUUUGCCAUUGACGAGCAGUCCGGCAACGCCAGCAAUGCCUCCGGCUCGACUGCGCCCCAGACCAUGGUGUUCCCCGUGCGCGAGGAGGGACUGAUAUGCAUGACCACGCCGGGCUUUGCCAUCACGCUGAUCGUGCUGCUGGGCAUUCUGGUCACCUCCUGUCUGACGUCUGCCAUUCUGUACGUGCGCCUGCGCCCCUUCUCCUCGUUCAGGGCCAAGGAGCGGGCCGUUGCCUUCACGAAUCCCCAGCUGGCUGCGGCCGCCGCAGCCGGUGCUCUGCCCGUCCUGCAGCUGGCAUCGCCAGCCGAUGUCCAGGGCACGCUCUCCAAGAAGCGGGCGCUGUCAUGAGCUAAACCCAACUGUUGCUAGUUCCGGUACUGGUUGCCUGGUUGCCUGUUUGCCUGGUGUCCCCCCAACCCCCCACAGC